UGUUUGUGUUUUUCACGCUGCGGUGUUCGGUGAAAUGAAAUUGUUUGCGGUGCUGGGUUUUUUGAUUUACCUUUCUCGAACCCAAAUUUUACCUAAAUUUAGCUCCAAUAUGCUUCAGCUGCCAAUCCGAAGCUGUUUUCACUUAUACGCAACUUGACAAGUAACUCGACCUCUGCCACCCGGAGCUCAGUGUUCAGUAGACACGUGGAGGAGCGAGGACAGAAACAAUCUGUUUAUUUUGUGGAAAAAUGUCGAGGUAUAAAAAGUAUUAUUUUAAGUGUAGAUGAACGAAUCGUGGUGCUAAAAAUACAUGUUGCGGUGACCGUGUUUCGUUGACUUUUCUUGCGGUGAUGCGGUGUUCGUUAAUUUUUUUUGUGGUGUUGCGGUGUUUAGAACCCCCCGAUGUUCCCCUCACUAAGUAACUGAUAUCUCUUGACAAUUUUCUGGUUGUUUCCAUUUAAUUAGACCAAUCUACAUGUAAAAUCUAAAAAAUUCACAAGAAGUAAAACUUAAUCAGCAAUUACGAGGCUAAAUAGGCUACACUCAUGAGAUAGUCACCAAUUCCAACAAGCCUCAUUAAGAAGUUGUCUAAGCUGCAAUGCAUGCAGAUAGUGACCAACCAGUCAGUGAGUCAGUCAGUUAAUUUGACAGUCACACUGUCUGUCUGUCAGUCAAUCAAUUAUUCAUGAGCCACUCAAUCAAUCAGCCAGUCUGUCUGUCUGUCUGUCUGUCUAUCAGUCAGUCAGUCCGUCAGUAAGUCAGUCAGUAAGUCUCUCUAAAACCCAGAUGCGAACAUUAUGUACAGUGACAGUUAGAUUAUAUUGCUACUGUCAGUUGUAAUGGUAUUAAUAUGCCUCAUACCCUUGUUCUCUACCCAAUCUUUCAUUGUCAACGAGCUUCAACAAAUAAAUUAUUUCACCCAAAGCUGGUUCGUGAGGUUAGGUCAGCGGUCGUAAUGGCGGCUGGACGCGUAUUUUUCUUCUCCGUACUUUUGCUGAAUUUGCUAAGCUUUUCGCCACCUUAUGGACAACAAUCUGAUUGGAACAGCUUUUCCGGCGACCCAGCUUGCCAGUUCACACAUUCUGUCUCUCCAAGAGUGAAUCUCGCACUGAAACAUCCACUUCUCUCCACGUCGAAACAUAGCCGCCAUCUUGUUUGUGCUCCACGUGGUAGAAGUUAUCAUAGCUUGACGACGUGCUACUACGCCAAUUCCAACAGCAAUUUCCAACAAAGUCGUCUCCUCACAAGCGGUGACGUUUCCAUCAAUCCUGGUCCGAGCUCUAAUCCUCCAAAGUGCUCUGUCUGCUCGAAAUCCACCGCUCGUAACCACCGAGCCUUGAGUUGCGACCGAUGCGAAAAGUGGUGCCAUAUUAAAUGCGGCAACGUCAAGCCAAGUGACUAUAAAAACCUACAACGUCUGACGACCUUCGAUUGGACUUUUCCUCACUGCCUCCAGGCCACGGAGGCUAGUUUCCUCCGAAACAAGUCGGAGACAACAAACAUUUUUGUUGACAACCCCAAUCCAAACGUAAAUUGUCCAAUUGAUGAAUUUACCGUCAUCAACAACAAUCUCUUUGAAUAUCCAGGUCUAAAAUUUGGACACAUCAACAUGAAUGGUCCGAAGGGAAAACUAUCGGAGAUACACAUGUUACUGAUUGAAACUAGCCUUGACAUUCUCGCCAUAACGGAGACCAAGCUGGCAAAUGACACCUCCGACGAGGAAAUUGGCAUCGAGGGAUAUUUCACAAUUCGCAACGAUUGCAACAGGAAUGGCGGCGGUGUGCUAUUGUACUACAAGGACUCCUUAGCGGCAUAUGAGGAGCAUAAGAUGCAAGUCCCAACCACUAUCGAAGGUGUAUGGGUAAAAUAAUUUAAAAAGCCAAUCUCAAAC